AUGACGCUCUGUUUGGUUUGCUUUGCGGGGCAUGCAGGCCUUUGCGCGCGAGCGCUGCGUCGCGUCGCGGAAGUCGCUGUGCUUCUUCUAUCCCUUCUCGGCCCUCUCCUGCCUGUAGCUGUCUCUCCGUCGGCAACUGCUGCUUCGACGUUCUCUCUCGGCGCCGACGCGCAGCGCAGCGGCGAUAGAACGCGCAUCGGAAAUUGUUUUUCCCCAAGGCUCUUGUGGCUGGCUAAGGAGGACUGGGCAGCUGCCCUUCUUGCGUGCAUGCAUGUUCUAGAUAAUUACUUGGGCCAGGGAGGCGAUGAAGGAAGCCGACACGAGGGCGCAGCCGGGGGCCCCAGGGCGGUUGACUUUGCCACAUUCGUCAGUGAGACAGUCGAAGGUUUAGCCUUCUUAGCCGCUUCUCCCUUGCCAUCCUCGCUUCAGUCGGAUCAACCUUCGCUUUCUCUCUUUCCUCGCACGUUGUGGUCGCUGUCCUUUGCCGACAAGCGGGCAUCGAAACACCCUUCCUCUGGGUUCUUCUCUUUGCCCUUUGCAUCUUCUUUUUCUCCGUUUUCUUUGUCUGGUGGUUUUCCUGGCCCUUCGGCGACCAGUUCUCACCAGUGUCCUACCGGUCGCCGAGUUGUGCAUCCGGUCGCUCUCUCUCUGUUUCAGCAGCUGCUGGUCCAGCUUCUUUCUGUCAACUGGUCUCCCGUUGUCGACUAUCACGUCUCUGUCCAGCGCCUUUUGCGCCUGUCGAGCUUAAGGCAGAGUUCCGGCCUAUUAUCGUCCUCGGCUCUGCCUGGUUCCCUUUCGUCCUUCUCCUCGCUUUCUUCAUCGCAUCCGUCUGAGCACUGCUUCUCCCAUCUGCCCUCCCCGUUACCGAACUUCGAGAGACAACAGGACGUCCAGCGAACGCUUCGCAUGCCUCUUGAUACGCUGGCUGGUCUAACCUGCAGCCACAGAGACAGGUGGGAGGCUGCGGCCCCUGUAGAAGACUCUUCGUCUCCUCACGUCCCCAUUUCUUCGCUUCGCCUGUCGUCCUUCUCUCCACCAGCAUCGCCGGGGGAGACACACCUUGUUUCCUCUCUUGCCGGCGUCUGCGCAGCGUUCGCCGGCAAAGGCUGCGACACAGAGAACGAGGCGUCCAUGCACUUGUGCGGCAUCGCUAUCGAGGGAGCUCUUGGGACAUUGGACGCGAUUGCCAGCCGCAUGAAUGCACACGGAAGGUCGCGUGUAUUGACGCCUUCUACUUCGUCGAAGUCGGCCUCCUUCGGGGCUCUGCAGACUCGCAAGAGGAGGAGACUCACAGGCCGCGGCGGGGACGGGCAUCCGCGGCCAGAAGAAGCAGGCGAGAGGGCCAGGAAAGGAGAGGAAGGACAAGGAGACUAUGAGGAAGCCGGCGCGAGUGAGACGGACUCAGAAGGAAAUCUAGAAGACGAAUGUCGACUGCUGUAUUCGUGGCUCAUGCUCGUCCUGCAGUUUGCAGGAGACUCGAAGGAGGUAGAAACCAGCAGCGGAGAAGAAGGUGAUGCAGACGCCUCGCCGGCGGUGACCGCUCGAUGGGCAGUCGCGAGCCACACGGUUCGGCAGGGCUGUGCUCGAAGGCUCAAGACGCUCCUCCUGUCUCUGCAUCGGACGUUCUUUCUACCGGCCCGCACCCUCGCGCCCUCGCCCCGGUCGGAGUCCCAGGCGACCGGCAGGGGAAGCGCGGAAGAGGACUCUGAGGCGAGAGGAAACAGCGAGAGGCUGACCAACGCUGGAGACACAGAGCUGGCUCCUGCCUCGGAACCAGCACGCUGGAUCCCCUAUGACGCAUCGCGGAGGAACACAGGGGAGAUCACAUCUCGAGCCGAAGCACCUCGACGAACGACGAGGGUCGCAGAGCCCUUCUGGGUCAUUCCCUCAGUGUUUGCGCCUCUGCUGCCCAGUGUUGCUCGCCUCUUGUCCGUCUACUUUCUUCUCGACCUUCGUCCAGAAGAAGAAACUGUUCUCCACUUUCUGGACUUGUGGACGUCUGCGCGCUGCGCGAUCCACGCGACGGGUGCAGAGCCGAAUUGGACUGUGCCGAGAGUCUUGCCAGGCGUUCUUCGACUCCUCCUCAACGCCGCUGCCGACCCUGCACUCCGUGCAGAGGUUCUCCUCGCGACGCCUCUCUUGUUGCUUGGGCGCGAAAAGGAGCUCAGUGAAGACACACGAGAGAGAGAAACAGACGAACCAAAACUGGAAGACGAGGCGCAAGGCGAAGCGGCAAGGCGAGGGAGGCCAGCGAGGCAGCACGGGGGCGAGAGAGGGUCGUCUCUGUCUGUCAUCGGCGCUCUCCGUUGUGAAGGCACGAACAUCGACCACUGCGAGGCGCUUCUUAGAGGCGCUUUGCGCCUGUCUACUGAAGAUCAACGUUUGUCCUUCAAUCGCCUUCUCCACCACCGGAUAGAUUCUCUCUACGCUUCUUCUUGUGCGGUUUCUCCGGCCUCGGGACGGUCUUCCUCGGGGAGGAGUGCACUGGAAAUUGUCUCCUUCAAAGCAGCUCUGAUUGCGCUCGCUGCGCGCUUGCUUCCGCAGCCGUUGCGGUGCAUACAAGGCGAAGAGGCGGUGAACGCUUCAGUCAGAGGCGCGGAAAUCAUCGCAGAAGAAUGCAGGCCAGGAGAAGCGCAGAUCUCGGCGACAAACGACAACGGGUGGGAGGAGCCCCUGGGCAGAAAGCUGGCAUUUUCGCUUCUUUGCAGCACUGCCCGUUUGCUGUCAGCGCAAGAGCGUUCCUCGCCGUGUGGCCGCGAUCAAGUCGAGGCCCGUGUGGCCUGCGCCCUGUCCUCACUUCCGUCACCUGUCCUUUCUCGGCUUCUAACAGCCUGGCAGCAAAGUCUCUCUGGCGUUUCUCGUCUCACUUCGCGCGCGGCGUUUCUGGAUGACUCUGCGUCUUUUGAGCAUGCGUUCUGGCUUCCACGAAAACCAUCCGUCGCCGAAUCAAAGGGCGUCCUGAGAGACGGUCUUAUCCCGAAGGAGUCGUCGUCAGAAUUUUCUGAGCUUCUUCGCCGGCAGCUGAUUACAGAGAUUUAUCACUUUCUGCGAUCUCCAAAGACCUCGCUUGCGACUUUGCGCAAAGAGAAUACGCUCGCGACAGUUUCUCACGCUCUCUUAGAAAGAGAGGAACAUGGCUUCGCAGCUUCGGCUUCUGCAGUGCAAGAUGCGAGAAGGCGCUUCGGCGCCUGCGACAGCGAAGGCGCAGAAGACCCAGAAGAAACUCGACGAAACUCCGAAUUUUCAAAGCGCCCUGAUGGGGUCUCACCGUUUUUGUGUUUCGCUUCUUUGACUGGAAACAAUAAGGAAGAAAGCGCCAACCUAAGCGACGAGGAAGGAGGCAAAGAGGAAAGCAAGAGAUCCCGGCAUUCUAGCGCUUCUUUGAGCUCCACCGGAUCGUGUAGUGAACACCUGGAGCGAAUAAAACUCCUUUUGCAUGCGGUGGCACAAGAUGACGCUUCUACACUGGAGAAUCGGCUAGAGUUCCUCCUUUGGGAGGUCUUCCCUGCCACUGUCGCGCGUGCGGCAGACUCCAGCUCUCCUUGUUCUUUCGAAUCUUCAAGUUCAUCUCUCUCUUCGGGCGUCCGAGCGUCGCCGUCACCUCGAAAGAAGCUUGACGCCUUUGACGGCAUGAGAACGCGAGUGGCGAAGCACGGAGAAGAACCGAGCCGAUACCGAAGCGCCUCAGACGAGGCUGGACAGCAAGCAGGCUUCGAGACAGAAGGCGAAUCAUCUCCUCAAAUGGCCUCUCUUCUCCAGUUCUGCGUCAUUUCCGCGAUCGGUUGGGUUCUCACCAAGCUCGGAGUUCGCAACGAAGAGGCGACGAUAAAUGCGGAAGGCGGGAGUGACAAGAAAGGAAGCGUCGGCCGUGGAAGAAAAGGAAAAGGCGACAGAGACCAGAGCGUCUCGAGGCGACUCAGCAAUGCUCUUGCGCGAUUUCUCAGCCUUGUCGCCACAUCGCAUGCAGAGCCCUCAGCUCUGACUCUCUCGCUCUCUCUGCUUUUCCCCUUCUUCCUUCUGUUCACUUCGGGUGGCGCACAGCAAGCGGCGUCGUCACGCGUCUCUUCUCGGCUUCCGACUUCUCAGAGCGCUGCGCCUUCCGUGGAGCCUGCCCUCGAUUCUACCGCCUCAGGCAAUGCUUCUGAUUCGCGCUUUCUCAUGCCCCGUCGCGAGGUCGAGGCGCUCUUUCUCCUCCGAGGAAACGCAAUUCUGAGACACGACGGAACUACCACGACCCCACAGGAACUGUCUCCGCCCCCCUUCUCCUACGGCCUGUGGCUGUCUCUACUCGCUGGUCAGAGAGACAAAGCGAGGAGGAGGGACUCGAGUUCGUUCUGCGUUGGCACUGGUGGCAAGCCGACGUCGCACAGAGCAGCGACAGAGACAGACCGUGGAGACGGAAUGCAUGCAGGAGAGCGAAGGCGAUUCCAGCUGUGCUUCUCCCCGUCGAACACUCCUGCCGGAUUGCCGCUUCUUUGCCCCUGCUGUCAGGACUUAUUUGGAAACCCAACUGCCUCUGUUGGGUCGCUUUCUCCUGACAUGUUCGUCGUUUCCGCGCCUGCGUCCUCAGCGACGCCGGCGUCGUUCGCGCUCUUGCCUCCCCACACCGUGGCGCCACACUUGCCUUUGUUGCCUGCCAUGGGCGGGCCAUCCAAUACGUCUCAUCUCGCGCAUGCGCGGACUCUUGAGUCUUCAUCGAGUUGUUCUCCAGUCUCUCCUCUCUUGCCAACUUCGUUGCCUUCCCGGCUCCUAGAUGCUCCAGACCUUUGCUGCACCAAAUGCCGAGUGGCGAUUCCGCCGCCCCCGCCAGCUCUUUUUUUCGCGCCUGUGGAAGAGAAAGCGCAUGCGUCGUCGAGUUCGUCUUCAAGUUCUUCUGGAUUUCCGUUGCCUUCGUCGCUUUCACCACACGGCUUUUGCUUCAACGCUUUGCCUCUCGAGGGGCCUUGCCUCGCCUCCGCCGUUUCUCUCCUUUGCGCCUUAGUCACGUCGCUCCUUCGGCUUCCCCCAUCCCACCCUGUCUACUGUUCGCCGCUGCUCCACGCGUUGCCUGGAUCUUCUCCGCCAGAGGUGGAACCUCGUUUCUCACCUUUUCUUCCUUUUCCCGCAGAGAAAUGGACUCUCGCAUCUGAAAGCGAGACAGGCAAGUCAUCCAGGAGUGAAUCGGAGUCCACUGUCUCCUGGGACUCGCGGAUCUCUAAGGCGAGAGCCCCACGGCCACGGCCUCUCUUGGGUUCGCGCCAGUGGAUCGUCGAGCGCGAGCGUGAGCAGGAUGCGAUUGCCACAGCUCUUUUGCCGCUGUUGAUUCUUUCUUCCAAGGAUGUAACUCCCCAGCGAUCUCCACCCUCCUCGCUUCAUGUUUCGCCCUCGCGCGAGCAUUCAUUAGUCCCUCGACCGAGUCCCAGGUGUGGUCCGAAGCUGAGAGACGCACCCGGAGACAAAGACAAGUCUGCGCCGCGGUGCUUCGACUCUACGUGUGGACGAAUAAAGGAGAGUUUAGGAUUCCGCCUUCUCCAUCUUCUUCGCCUCUCAGUUCGCAGCGUAUCCUUCUCGGCGCUCCCCAGUCUCUUCCCCUCGAUCUCCUCUCUUGCGGUCUCUCCGCAAACUCUGUCUCCUGACGCUUCGUCGGGCUCCGCGUCUCCUUCUGAGGGAAAGGAGACACAGCGGGGUGGCCUCACCGCGCCUGACAGAAGCGGCGUUGAAACCAACACAGAGGCGAAACGGUCGCCGCGAGCAGGCGGAAGCCAAAGUACGGAUUCCUGGCCUUGGCUGCUGCCGGAUGAAGAUUCGUUCACAAGGAUACUCGCCGCUUCUCCUUCGAGAAAGCUGCUUCUGUCCGCCGUCCAUUCCGACUCUUUCCUCGUUUCCCUGCUUCUUCCACUCGUCGUCCCUCCUCCAUCGACUUUGUUGCCUUCUCUCUCUUCGUCGUCUGCUUCUCAAGCUCCUUCGCGGCUCGCGUGUGCCGCCUCUCCGGCGCGCCUUUGUGAUGGCAAACAGAGGCCUCAAGGCGACGCUCUGCACUUUCGCUCCUGCUGGGAACCCGCAGCGCCGUCCCACCGUCUGGCUCGAACUCUUUGCUCCGCUAUCCAAGAGGCUUUGCCUCACCUGCGUGUCUCUCUGAUGGUGGGAGCGAGUCUCAGUCGCCUCUUGGAUGCUCUGUCUCUCGUGCCUGCUUCGCCCGACAGGGCCAGAGAGGAAUUUCAGGACGAUCCAGAGGGUCAGGAGACAGACACAGACGAAAGCGAAGAAGACGAGAGCGACGAGGGUGAUGAUGUCAUUUGCAUCUCUUGUUGUCAGGGAGUUUGCGAGCGAUUCCGCCACGCGCGUAUGCAUGCGCAAGAGAGGGAUGAAGGAACGGCCUCUUUCAUUUCGUGUGCUUCUUCGUCGUCGCCGUCGUCUUCGUCUGUAGCGACUUCAUCUCCACUGUUCGCUUGGAGUCCAGACAGUCUCUUGUCGCUUCUUUCGUUUCUUUCCAGCUGCGUCUCCUCUCUGCCGUGCUUCUCCGCUGCUGUCUCCUCUGAGCCUUCGUCUUCUUCUUGGCCUUCUUCCGAAUCCUCAUCUGCUCCCUUCUCGUCUCCGUUUUCCAGGCACACAAAGCACGGACCAGGCAACUCGAGUCUCCCCAGUUUCCCCCGUUUGUAUUCGCCUUCUCUCCUGGUGUUGGCAGAUGCUCUGCAGCAAAGGGGAGCACCUCAAACGCACGCUUUCUGCUCCUUUUCCUCGUUGUUUUCUUCGCCUUCUUCAACGCCUGUCUUCUCGCCUUCUUCGUCACUUGUCUCCUCGCCUUGCUCACCCCCGGGCGCCUCUCCAGUUGAUUUUUUUCGUCACGGGGAGGCUGCGAGGGCCCUGGUGCUCACAUCUCUCUACAUAUGUCAGAGACAGAGCAGGCCCAUUCCGCUGACUUCCACAUCAUCGCCUCUGUGUCUCCAGUCUCUUCUCCUAUCGCCGUUGGCCUUCGCCUCCCCUUCCCCAUCAUAUGCGGAGCUGCUGUGUGAAGCUCAUGAUCCAAGGGACGCAGCCAGAAUCCAGUGUUGCAACGAUGGCCUUGUUUCAGUCUCCAAUUCUUCCUCGAUGUUCGGCUCGACGACGUCUCUUCGAUUCGCUCGUGCUGCGCUUUCGCGGCACCUUCUGAGACCUGCACUCGCACUGCUGUACCUCGCUGGAUGCAGAAGUUCAAAGAUCGACAGAGACAUUUCCGACUUCUCCAUGUUCCCGUCAUCUUCAUCUGUUUCGCGUCUCCCUAAGCCCGCUGCGGCACCGUCGACUGGCGGAGGUUCUUGUGAGCCGCAGAACCCAGGCGCCUCUCUUUCCAGCGACGCGCUCGCUUGUGGUCGCUCUCUGGCCUUCGCUCUGCACCUUCUCUCGAGCAUGUGCCACCACGUUGGACUCGGUGCAAGUCCGUCUGCGGUUCUUCCACAGGGCGACGAAGACGCAUGCAGAGGGCCCCCAGAAGGAAGCGCAAUUGAGGCCUUGUUCUCGCUGUUCUUUUCUCCAGAGAUCAGCCGGUCGACUGCCAGGUGGGGAAGCGUCAUCAGAGGCGCGCACACCCCCUCGUCGUUCGCGCGUCUCCCGUCGCCCCAGGUGUCUCCUGGCGGAGUCCCCACUCCGUUUUGGCGUCGGUGCUGUCUCCUUCUCCUUCUCGGUCCAGCGACCUACACACGCAUCCUCCAAGCUCGAAGGCGACGAAGGACGCCGUAUUCUCCCUUCUUCGCGUCUUCGUCAGGCUCCUGGAAUGGUGCAAAUCGUACCGCCUCCCCACGUUGUCCAGCGCCAGGCUCUGCGCUCUUGCAUGCUGCAUCUCCUGUCUAUGCCCUUGCCAACAGUGUCGCCGAAGAAGCCGAAGAUCAGCUUCUCUCGCGCGCGCUGCUUCCCUGUUUCCUUCUCCACUCCGACUUCAAUCUCCGCACUCUGCAGGAGACCACAGGACUGUACGCAGGCUCAGCGUUUGACUGGAGCCACGCUGUCUGUGGUCUGGUCCUUCUGUUUCUCUCUGACGCGCCCGGGCCUCUAGUGAAAGGUCGCUCCCAAUACGAAGCCCCAGCGUCUACCCUGGAACGAGGAGCGAGAGAAAACGAACGAGUCCGAGGAGACGCUGAGGCGAGCAACACGCCCACAGACCUCCACUAUCUUUCGGGAGUCGCUGUCGUCUUCACUGCGCUUUUCCAGCUGGCGGUGGAGGGGCAGAUCGUCAAAAGAGACACCGAAAUCGUCGACGGGGCGCUCAGAGGCCUUGCAGGCGACGCGGCGACUGCGGAGCACAGCGCGCAACCGAGAGCUGGUGCGCAUGCGGGAGGCUCUCUGGAAGCGGCGGAGGAGAGCAACGCAAAAGCCACGGUGGACCUGUUUAAUGAGAAGGACGACAGGAGAAGUGACAGUGAAGAACGCCAUUUAGGAAGAGAGGAACCAGCGCGCGUGAACGCAGGUUCGUCAACAGCCGACGAGCCUCGAGUUCGGUUUUCGGUGGGCAAACCCCAGGAGGACAGCGAGGGGAAAAGGUGCUUGAAAAGGAACAAGUCUCUUUUUGCUGCAUGCGACCGCCUUCUGCUCCUCACUCUCGCGAGACUUCUUUGGAGUCUUUCCUCGCAAGGUCUGCCCGGCGAGGCGACCGUGAACGUGGAGAAAGCUGAAACGGAGACAAACAAGCAAUGCCGGCCUGCGUCGAAGUCUGCGCGUUCUGUCGAUAGGUCUUCGUGCAAGUCUGAUCCAUCGCGUUCCGUCUCAGAGUUGCAGAGUCAGACCGAACUUGAGGCGUGGACGGCAGGGAAACUGGCAUGGCUUCAGACCUCCUUUUCGCUUCUUCUUCAUGCGCGGGAGAGACUUUUCGGAUCUUUCAAGGGCGUCCAGAAGAUGCCGAAGCAGGUCGACGAAGACGGCGAGAGAGAUACAAAAAGAAAGAAGGGAAACGACCAGAAGGACGCGGCCUUUGAUGGCACACAGAAGGCUUUCUCCUUCUCCGCAUCCCAGUCGUCUGGCGAGGACGAUUCGCAGCCGCUCCUCGUGAUAACCGACGAUGAAGAAGAAACGCAGAUGAAAUUUGGUUCGAAGAGCGUCGGAAAGAAACGUUGGCAGCCCGCGUUGAAGUCGCAGGAGCAGAGCGGCCGCCAUACGAGCAGGAACGAAAAGUCACACACUAUCCGUUUGUCUUCUGGACGCCAGCCGUCUCCCCACGACGGGAGUCUGGGAGCCCAGAGGGACGACUGCGACGCGAAUGGUCGGGCUAUGCGUGAAGAGGCACCAGACGCCUCUACCGGAUUAGCAGACUUUGUGACUUGCCAUCUCCUAGAACUCGAAGAACUUCUUCUCCACUGUCUGUUUCCCUCGUUUCCCCUGCCUCCCGCAACGCGCCAAUACCUUUCAAAUUACUUGUUUCUGCUUUCCGAGCCUCGGGAUCUUCCGCAGUUCUUUGUCUCUUUCCUCUUGCGAUCUCCACCCGCGGGCGCCUUGGACUCCAUCGCCAGGGCCUCUGCUGCGGAGGGAUGCGCGGCGUCAGCCGAAGAAGACACUUCCACGAAGAAACAACCUUGCCUCGGGACUUCUACGCCUUUUUCGUCAUCGGGUCUCUCCUCAGGAGGGUCGCUGUGGGGUGAGCAGGAGCGACGCCGGCGAGAAGCGAAGCUUGAGGAGGCCCUCACUGUGUGUCUGAAUAAACCUCGAGGUCUCAAGGCUCUCUUCCUCUGCAUUUCCUGUGCACACCGCGGCCUUCUAGGCACGCAUGCGGCGCGCCUCAUCGACAGCCUUCGGCAUGCAUUUGAGCAGUGCAAACGGCAGGUCGAGGUCGAGGCUUCACGAAUCACGGAUCUCUCUCUUGCGGGAGUUGCUUGCGCUUCUCCGUCUGCUCUUGGCACUGCUUCUCGCUCGGCAGCAAGCUUGUUUUCAGCGUCUCAUCUCGGCUCUCCUGCCCCGUCUGUCGACCCUUGCAUGCGCGCCCACCACGAGGUCUGCCAGACGUUUCUGGGCGCGCUGCGCCUUCUCUUCGUCUCCUUCUCGCCGUCGACUUUGCUCUUUUACACGCCCUUUUUCCUGCAUACGCUCAGCGAGUUUUUUGAAGAGAGACAGUCUGCUGUCUUUUCUCCAGGCGACUGCACAGCGGAUGAAGGAACUCGAAAGAUGUUACCAGGGAAAGACCGACCAAACGCACCGCAUGUGCGAGCAAGGCCGGCAACGACUGACGCGGGAGACGCCCAGGACAACGCAUGCAGUUCGGGAUACUUGGAGACACUCGAGCCGAAAGCACUCACACAGGACAGUGCGUCCAGCUUCGAGAAAUGGAAGACGCAGGAGACUCGAAGUCUCUUGCUUCUGCUUAUCAGGCAAGCGAGCCAAGCGGUAGGGGAGGACGGCGAACUUCCCCCCUCUGCUCUUUUUGCAGCGCUUGCAUGCACGCCAGUUUUCCCCCUUGUCUUAGAUUCAGAUGCUGGAGAGCUACCUCGAGGGAGGGUCGGCGGAUUGGCCAGGGAUCCGGAUCAGGCUGACGCAGCUGAACGGAUGUAUCACACGCGGCCAGAACAGGAGUCGGACAAAAAAGAUGAGAACGACUUCCAGGCGAUAUUUGACAGCGCCGAUGGUCUCCCAGAAAUGCCUCGUUUGUCCCUCUCGUCCAAAGCCCCUUCCCUCGGAAGAAUGGAUCCUUCCACGCCUUCAUCCCUCCUGCCCUUAUUCUCCCUCUUGCCCUCGUUCCUCUUCUGUCCAGAGGUCUCUUCUUCCUCUCCCGCUUACGUUCCGCCUUCUCCUUCUUCUCGCCUCCCUACCGCUUCACUUAGAUCCGCGGAUCGGCGCCGAUUCAUGCAGGCGAGCUCGGAGACUGCCGAAGACGUCUGCCGCAUGCGUCGUUGUCGUAGAUUUCUUUCUUUCCAGCGCCAGCAUCCUCUAGAAGUCCUCGCCCUGCGCUUGACAUCGAUUGCCGCCUUUCUCGACGACCUCCAUCCGUACCUCACCCGGCUGUCGGCUGCGCUGCUCCUGAAAAAGUUCUUGCUGGCCUACGGGACGGUGCUGACGCGUCUCGUGCAUGCGGCGAACGAAUCCUACGGAACCAGAGCCGGCGCUGCCUGGGCCUGCGCCGUUCAUGGCCAGAACGAAGAUACCAGCGAAGUUCGGCGGCGCCUCGACGGCGAGAGAGCUUCCCUUUACCUCCUGUCCAAGGUUGCGGAGACGUGCGAAGCUGUGGUCGCGGAGUUUUCUGAUGACUACUCGAUGGAGCCGAAAGCUCUGCCUGUCGCCUGUGUGACGCUGCUGGGUUUCCUGUUGCCGCUUGUCGACCUUCGUUCGUCUCCUCUCUCCCCCCCUCGCGCCGCACCCUCGUCGUCCCCCCUGGCCGCCCCUCGCGACGAACACAAGAGUCUGUCCGUCUCUGCUGCAGCCGUCGCGCUGCUCCUGUGCUCUUCAGCGGCGUCCACGGCGAACAGUCCAUUCCCCGCGUCGCCUCCUUCGCUGGUGUCUCCUCUCGCUCCUCAGGCUGCUGUGGCUGCUCCCGCGUCCACCUCUGGAGGCGGAGGCCCCCCCCACACAUCCGCCGGGGACUGUGCUUGGCGAAUCGUCGACGAGGCUCGACUCUGUUGCGAACUUCUCGAGCGAGUCUUGAUCUCCCACCUCCAGCGUCCGGUCGCAGCGCGUUCUGUCCAGGAGAUUCUGAGACAGCUAGGCUUCCACAUUCACUCCGAGCCGGGACGCCUUCAGGUGAUGUUCCCCUCCCUCGUUGCGAUGUUUCGACGCGAGAAGAAACCCACGGCACUGCCUACUUCUUCUCCCUCGUCCUCGGUUCCGCCACCUGUCGACACAGUUCAGGCUUCGCCUUCUCUCUCGAAUCCCUUCACUCCUGCGGCCCUUACAGCUCUCCUUCGCUUUCCGUUGCAUCUGCUUUCUCCUGCCUUCCCUUCCUCACUGUCAAGUUUAAACGAAGAGGCCGCGCUUCGCGAGUAUUUGUGGCGCCAGGUCUUUCCUCCGCAAGUUCGCACAGCUCUGCUGCCGUACUGUUUCACUUCUUACGAGAGGACAAGCGCGUCUUCCCCUGCCUCCUUCGCCUCUCCUCGCAGCUCCGCGUCGUCCGGGGCUAGCGCGCCUCGCCGCCCCGCUCCUGCAGGUCUCCCCGUCUUCGUCACGUGGUUGCUUCAUCAGCUUCAGAUGCAGCAGGUGACUCUGGAGGCCUCUGAGAGGCGUCAUGCGAAGGUGGAACCUGAGGUCGGUGCCGGUGAAUCGAAAGAAAGAAACUCCGAAUCCAGUCUCAGGUUGCUCCCCAAUGGACACAAGACACGUCGGCACAAACGAAAGCCGCGCGGGACCCAGAGGUCCUCUCAACAACGCUCCUCGUCUGCAUCUGCUUCGUCAGCGUCUUCUUCGAGUCGAGGCACAGAACAAGAAGUGAUUGUUCUCUCGUCCUCUGCCUCUUCUUCCGAUGAAGGGCCACCGCCUGGCCGGAAGCGCGACCGAGAACCUGUUUCGAGUUCGACGCCUCUUCGACGCAGCGCGCUUCGUCUGUCGAUUUUCCGUGCUUGCGACGUGGUUCUUCUUCAACUCCCCAAGGUGCUCUCCUUCCUCCUGCCGCACAUGGUCGAUUCCUUCUUGUCUUCUUCCUCAGACCCGGUCAUGGCGGCCGAGGACUUGGGCAGGCGCAUUGCGUCGCUUCUUCGCUCUUCCCUUGAAGGCGGCAGCUGCAGCGACUGCGCUGGCGAUACCAAGGGAGCGCAGCCCCACAAGGAGCCCGGGGGGGCCGGCCGAAAGUCCACACGCUGCGAGCGACUGGGAAGCGACGACGAGCAAGAACAGGGAAGGCGAUAUCCGAGAAGCAGGACCAGCGACGUGGAAAGAAGUGACAGCCAUGCAACUUUUCAGAAGCUCCAGUCGUGGCGCGCUUGGAUUGUGUCGCAUGCGCUUCCGCGUCUCGCGUCUCGUCUGCGUCCGCUAGCCGAAGAACUGAAGUCUUUGCAGAGUGCUUCAUCUUCAUCGGCUUCACCUGCUUCAGCCUCGCCCUCUUCUCUCUCGGCGCUCAUGUCCAGUGCGAGCGAAGGCCGAGGGACCGGCGAACGAGACGGAGAGAAAGGCGGACCUUCUCAGAAGACUGAAGACACCAGGCGACAAAGAAUCAUUUUGCUGUCACGGUCGAUCCAACGGUAUCGCGCGCAGGAACAGAGACAGAAAUGCCUUCUUCAAGCCCUAGGGAGGCUUCUCGAGAGUGUGGACCGCAUUCUCCUUGCUCGCGCCGCUGCCAGCUGUGAAGCGUUCGCUAGAGCACUCUACUGGAUUGAGGCAGAGAUGGCUGCCAACGUUUUCAGUUCGUUGUACCGUCGCACGAGCUUGGGAGUUGUCGGCUUGCCCUCUGCUGUCUUCGCGUCCUUUUCUUCUCUCUCGCCUGCAUCUUCCCCAAAGGCGGAAUCUCAUCAAGGCAACUCUCCUGGAUCCUCAGUGGCUGCCGCAUCUGAUGAGGACCUCUUCUGCUCCUCCGUUCCGCUACUGCUGACCAUCUUCAGAGGCCUACAUGCAAGCGACGCUCUCGUUGGGCUUCUCGAAACCUGCAAAUGCCUUUCCAGUGUCGGCGUGACCGGCCGCAAACACCCCGUCGCUCUCUCGUCUUCUCCAGUGAGCUCUUCCUCGCAUUCGUCUCUUUCUUCUUCUCCCUCUGCUUCUUCUCUCUCUUCUUUGUCUUCGUCGACCUCGGGGCCGCUGAAGGAACGCGGCUUCGGACGAGGAAGAGACGGCGCAAGUGGAAAGCAAGCAGGGUCAGGCAGACGCAAAAUGCAUCACGCAGAAGGAGGUCACAACGAGGCAGAGAAGAACAGCAAGGUGGGAUAUAACAGAAACGAGAGCAGACACGAAGUGCAAGGUCUCCGAGGAGAAAUGGUGACGAUCGAAAACGGCGAUGAAGGCGCCCUCAGCUCCACCACAGAAGAAGACACAGACGUCGAUGAUAUCCUUGAUAUCUGCGAGAGAGAAACCGGAGGCGACAAUGCCCACCUCAGCAUGAGAGCCAUCGAGAAAGAAUUUCAACAGCAGUGGACUGAGGCAGCCACUCUCUACCUCCAAGGGUGCGUCACGCAUGCAGGCCUCAAGUGCUCGUCGGGUGUGUGGCCCUCGCUCUCGCGACUUCUCUUCUCCCUUGAGGCCUCCUCGCAGACCGAGGCGCUCCCGGGCCUUACCAAAGGCAGGCGAGAACCUACCAGACACUCUCUGCAGCUCGCGGCCCUUCCUCCGGCUUCUCUCUCCAGCGAGUUUCUUGCAGAUGCCGCGACUGCUUGCUGGAGCCUAGGACAGUGGAACGACCUGUCCUUGGUGCUUGCGUCGGCUGCGCCCCCCGCCUCGCCUGUCUCGUCUUCGCCGCGCGUCGCCGACCGCGGUGGCAGGCCCUCGAGCCCUCCCGAUGCUGGCGAGAGCUGGCUCUCCCUGCAGCACGCGCAGCUUCUCGCACUCGUCCAUCAGGCGUUUCAAACGAAUCGCUUUCGCCACCCUGAAAGCCAUCCAAACCCCGUCAUUGACAAAGCCGAGAGGGCAAAGCGGACCUCCCAGAGGCGGAGUGAGACACAUGAUGGGAGGUCUUUCAACUCCGUUUCUCGUCUCCAACUACCCCAUCUGUCGACCGACGGAACUGAGCCGUUUCCUUCAGUCGGUGCGCGUCCAGUCCGAGCUCCGGGUGCCCCAAAUCAACCGCCAGAGCGAGGUCUUUGCGCAUUUCUAGCGCAGGCGGCCUCCGUGCAUGUGCGUGCAAUCCGCGGCGUCUCUCGCCCGCUCGGCGCGGCACUCCGAGAGAGUCCAGAGCGCGCGGCGCCUCUGCUGCGGAGCCUGGCGGCUUUGAGUGAUUUGUCCUUCGUGCUUCAGAACGUCGGUUGUCCUCUCUUUCUGGCCAGCGAUCCUUCAACCCCAACCGUCCAGGGCUUGGCGCAUGUCAACUGGGAAUCUCUGAAGGUUUCCCCUCUGUGUGACCCACCCGUUUCUUCGUGUCUUGAGGAGCCGUUCGACGCAGAAAGCCGAGCGCGGAUCUCUCCGUUUUCGAGGUGGCCUGCCUCUCCGCCUUCGACGUCUCUGCGGCUUCCGCCGAGCCUCUACGACCAACUCUCUGUCGCCUCGCUGCUCCUCCAGAGGUCUGCACUGAGCUUCCACCUGAAUGCACCUUCUGACGCUCUCUCGCCGGCAGUCUGCGGCUCGCACUCGGCGUCGUUUGCAGCGUUCCACGCCGUUCUAGGCGCCGGCAAAGUGGCACUUGAGCAGACGCACCAGCUGGUCGCCGCUGCUUGCGUAGGCGUGACGCUUCGCCAGAGAGCGCGAGAGCUCAGGGCCCCCUCCCUUCAGGUUCCUGGCCUUCUCCAGUUCUCCAGCGACGACACUCUGCGGGUCAUCGGGCAAGCAAACGCGCUGCUGAGACGAAGAAGGAAAAGCCGUAGAGCCCUCGAGGGAGAGGGUGGGGGCGAGGGAGACCAGCCUGCCGCGCGAGAAGAAAGCGAAACAGCGACUGGAGUGGUCCGAGAGCUCGUUUAUCGAAUGAAAGUGGAAGGCGCCCUCGAGUUGCUCGAUCGAGGACAAGUCGCUGACGGCCUCCAGGCCUUGAGUCGCCUAGCCGCUUCUUCUUCGUCCGGGUCCUUCGCUUCGUCUUUUCCUUCUUUCGCUUCUGUGUUUCCCUCCACUGCACCUUCCGCACUGCUGCUGUACACGCGCGAGGCCACGAAGCGGCUGCUGCUUCCACCCCAUGGCACAAUAGCCUGUUUCGAGAAGGCCGUCCGCCAGAGCCCUUGCAGCUCAACGGUAUACUUCGAAUAUGCACGCUUUAUCGACUCUCUGAUCUCCGCGCGACUCGAAGAAGAGACGGCGCGGCCUCCUGCCCUCGCUUCGCCUCUCGGUCCCUCGACCUCGGUCGCCUCCUUCCCUCCUCGAAGCGCUGAACGUGGAUCAAGAGUUGAAGGCGACGAAAAAAAUAGCCUGACACUUCCGUUCCUGGUGUGCGAGGCGGUGCGUCUCUAUUUGAGGGCUCUCGCGUGUCUGUCUGUUUCGCGGGGUCCUUCACGUUCAUGUCCGCCUUCGUCUUCUUCUCUCCCGGCGGAGGUGCGAAACGAUCACGCGUCGCUGUACCACCACCACAGCAUUCACCGAAUCUGCGCCCUCGUUUUCACUUUCUCAACUCCCUCGACGUUCAUCUCACCCCACACCCGCCUCGACCGCAAAACGUGUGAGACCUACGCGGCGCACCUGUCGCGUCUUCUGACGGCCGAAGAGCUCGAAGGCAGCCGCGUCUCGCUCUCGCUGUGGUUCCUCGCGCUGCCGCAAGUCGCCUGUCGAUGUCAACACCCUCUGCUCGGUCGCGACGUCUGCGAAAAUCUGCUUGCCAAGCUCAUGGCGGCCUUCCCAUGGCGCACGAUGUGGCUGCUCGUCAACCUCUCGAACUCAGUUGCCCGCGAGAAGGAAAGGCGAGAAAGCAUGCUGCGAACUCUGGAAACCAUCGUCCAUCGGGCAGCGGAAAUCCAGAAGCGGUCCUCUGCAGCUUGUUCGACCGGAGGCACCGUUCGAGUCCUCGACGUCUACCGCGUCGCUUCCGUCUUUGUCCGGGAGUUCCACAGAGUCGCGAUGGACGAAGCAAUUCGAAAAGAAGAUGCCCUGCAUGCGAAUCAACGAUACGCUGAGCUCUACGAAAUGAUGCAGUCUCUCUCUGACCCGACGAGCCUGGCUGCGCCUUUGCCGAGAGUGGCGCUGCCUACCCUGGCGAAUCUUCGCCUGUCCCCAGGCGACGUUGGUGACGUCGAGUCUCUUGUUGAGAUUCUUUCUCUCUCCCCAGAAAUGCAGGUUUUCCCGAGCAAACAGCGACCGAAGAAAGUGACUGUCGUGGGAAGUGAUGGACGGACGUACUCGUUUCUCGUCAAGAACGAACGACACGGAGAUCUCCGCAAGGACUCCAGGACGAUGGACCUCGCCGAAAACGUGAAUGUCUUGCUAGCUCACGACCCUGCAUGUCGCGCGAAGAACCUUCGACUCCGAACCUUCAGCGUCGUCACCCUGAGCGAGGUAUCGGGCAUGAUUGAGUGGGUCGAGGGACUCACCACCAUGCGGAGGUGUGUCUCCUCUCUCUACAGCGAGAGCGUUCCUGAUUUCGCACAGCGAUCGACAGAGUUCUUUCGAGCCUUUCAACGAGCUCAAGAGCGACACGAUCACCAAGAGUGCUACCGCAUCUUCACGCACUUGGGACUCGGGCGCUUGCCUCCCGUCAUGCAAAGACUGUUUUUCCACUGGUUCAACGAAGACCCUGCGCGCUGGUACCGCGCGAGACAAAACUACGCCCACACUCUCGCGCUUUGGUCGAUCUUCGGUUACAUCAUUGGCCUCGGCGACAGACACGGCGAAAACAUUCUCCUCGACACUGCAGACGGCUCUGUCAUGCACGUCGACUUCGAUUGUCUCCUGGAGAAAGGUCGAACGCUGCCUGUCCCUGAGGUCGUUCCAUUUCGCCUCACACAGAACCUCGUGAGCUGUCUCGGAGUGACUGGAGUCGAGGGACCUUUCAAAGUUGCUGCGGUCGAAGCGAUGGACGUCGCCAGACAGAAUCGAGAAAUUCUGAUGUCGAUUUUGAUGAACUUCGUGUACGAUCCCCUCAUCGAGUGGCGGCAGGCCGGCGCGCGCCAUGCCCAGCUGCAGAGGAAGCAAGGCUCUAAACCUGGUCUCUCUUCGCAUUCUUUGAAGGAAGGGUGGGAGCGCAUUGCGUACGAGAGUCUCGUGGAAAUCGACUACAAGCUCCGAGGCGGCAUCGGCGGAUCCUCUCGCUCUCUGCCACCUCACUUUCCAUCGAGUUUUCUUUCCGACAUGCGCGCAGCGACCGGGAAGAGACAGCAAAAGACCGGCAAACGAGAGGGCGGGGAGAUGGAUGAGAAGGCCCAGCAAGGCGCCCCGACCUUCGGCAGCGGAAAUCAAGGAGAGCAGAGAGAGCGCGAAAGCGAACCGACUUCCGAGCAUAUCCAUAACGGAGGCUCGACUGCCUCUCUGCCUGUGAGAGAACAAGUUCAUGCUGUCAUUGACUCCGCCAUGAAACUCCACAAUCUAGCCAGAAUGUAUGUUGGAUGGGUUCCGUGGCUCUAA